AUGGAAUGUCUUAAAAAUUUGCUUGCUCCUAAAACACUCCACUGGUUCAGUUAUGUGACAAAUGUAUGUUGGAUUUUUCUCGGAAUUAUCCUAUCAGCAAUCUUUCUAGACAUUGAAAACAGCGAACCGAGAUUUGACUUUCACUGUAGCUCAAAUGGCGACAAGGAACUCAUUGGUGGAAAGUGUUACGAACAGUAUGAAAAACAGUUCAAUAAAUUCGGUAUUCCUGUGUAUGGGUUCGUGAUUAUCAACUUCCUUGUUACUGCAAGUGUUUGCGGAAUUUACUCACAAGCGAUGAAGAAGAGAGUUGAUAAACUUGAAGGGCGGACUCGACGAACCGGUAAAAGGCUUUUCAAAGCGUACUGUUUGCAACUUCUUGCCAGAUUUGUUCUUGGAACUUUUUUCAUCCUUCUGCAGAUUAAAUUGCUUUAUCCUCUGAGCUUUUCCUCGAACUUUGACUGCAAAUUAACGAGAGACGGGAAUUUUGCAGACAUUUCGGCCAGUGCGUCCCGCAACGUAACGCAAACGCAAACGUCCUACGAAUGUCAUAAUAAACGAGCAGCUAAGAAGACCUUCUGGGCUUAUGCCGUGAUUGUUGUAACUGGAACUUUUGCGUUUCUUGUGUUUAUUGAGUCUCUCUUUAUGUUAUUACGUGCAAGAAAGGUAAAAGACUUUAUGGAAGACCCGACAUUUCAUAAAUAUUAUCUGAGUUCGAAUCAGCAGUUAAAUGCCCCUCCGGCAGAAUCCGAAGAGUUAAGCGCCAUCAUCGAUUAUGACAGUCACACCAAUCCACCAUCUACCUCUCCAAUUGACAACGAGUCCCCGUCAGAACAGCAACAACAACAGUUUAACAAGGAAGACCCGAACUUUCAUAAAUAUUAUCUGAGUUCGAAUCAGCAGUUCAAUGUCCCUCCGGCAGAAUCCGGAGCGUUAAACGCCAUCAUCGAUUAUGACAGUCAUACCAAUCCACCGUCUACCGCUCCAACUGACAACGAGUCCCCGUCAGAACAGCAACAACAAGAGUUUAACACCUCAUCAGUAGCUACUUUCAUCAAACGUAUGAAGAAACAUGUCCGUAGUGUCACCGAACAGCCUUGUGUAGAUCCUGGUACACCUUUCCAUCGCAAUCCGGGUGAAGGCUCAAAAAGUGAUCUAAAGCUUGACCAAAUCUACACCGAUUUGAUUAUUCAUGAAAACAGAGCCUUGUCUGAAUUUAGUGAAGAUAGAGAGAAACAACUGAAAGAAUACCACAGACCCAGAGAAGAGUCACGAUCAACACGGCCGGGAGAUAUUUUUGAUGCUGACAAACGGAAUAUUCUUGUUGUCGGUCGUCCUGGAAUUGGAAAAACUAUGUUUUGCAAAAAGAUUCUGCGCAAUUGGGCAUCCGAUAACUUGUUCAGCGAUGCACAAAAAUCUGAAAUUGAUUUGAAACUCGCUUUCCUCAUUAAGUUUAGGAAGUUUAACUACACAAACGAAAAACUCAGUCUUCGCGAACUCCUGGACGCAUCGGAGUAUUCUAAACUACCUCUAUCCGAUGAAGUUUGGCACUACAUUAUUGACAACCCAGACAAAGUACUCGUCAUAUUUGAUGGAUUUGACAAUGUAGAAGACUCGAUGCCUCUUCAUACCCUGUACAAGAAGAUAUUAUCAGGAAAAAUCCUUCCCGGUGCUACAGUCCUAACGACUAUAAGACCAACUGCCGUGUCAUUCUUCGAACCGCCCAUUGCGUUUGAAAGAACAGUUGAAAUUCUGGGUUUUACAUCUGCAAAAGUGGAGGAAGAUUUGGAUAACUUCACAAAAGGUGAUGGUAACAAAGCAGAAACCAUAAAGCAAUAUAUCAGAAGUAACCUUAAACUCCAAUCCUUCUGCUACAUUCCUGUGAAUUGUCUAAUAAUUACUAAUAAUUUGUUCGUGCUUGUCACACUUGGUGAACUCACCCGUCUCCGGCUGCCUUCCCUCAAGUUUAACCAACUAUACUCCAUAGCCAUCAAGAUUGUUUACUUUUGUCACUAUGAUAUCCAAAGGCGUUACCCACCACACGAAGCUCAACAGUUUUAUCCGAAGCCAUUUAAUGCGUUACCUUGUUACAAGGCUUUAGAUACACGGGUGAGAACCAGGGGGGGGGGAAAUUACACCUUUUGCUGUUCAUUAAGAGAAAAUACGCAUUCAUUUGCGUGA